GUAUCCAAUUUUUAAUGAAUAUUCAUAAAAUGAAGACGGGUGUCCUAGCGGAUCCUUUCUAUUGCUUACCGUUCAGGUUCAGAGAUCAUCGUGAAACCGAAAGUAGAACAUAUUUUGGAAAUGCCAGGACCAAGGUAUAGUACUCAAAAAUGCAUGGGCAGAGUGCUCAUUGUCCAAAAUCAGGAGUAUGUAGGUAUUCGUCAUACUCGAGGAGGUAAGGCUGAAGAUAUAAAUGUGACAAAAAUGAGGACAACAUUAGGGAAAAUGGGAUUUACUGACGCAUGUAUUGAAGAACACAAAAACAAAACCAAAGCAGAAAUGAUUCGAUUAUUGGAAGAUGUUGCUAAAAGAACGGAUUUGAAGGAUGACUAUUGUUUUAUCUGCAUGGUCUUGUCUUAUGGACAAGAUGGCGUUAUUAUUUGUUGUGAUGAGAAGCAUUCACCCACAAAUCCAACUCCAAGUAUGCAACUACCUGUCUCUGAACUUCAAGAAUGUCUGAAGGGAGACAAAUGUAGAGACCUUCUCUUGAAACCGAAGAUAUUCAUGUUACAGUUGGAAAAAGUUCCUUCUAGCAGGGCUGAUAGUACUCAGUCAGACACACAUACAGAAAAGCCAGUGAAGAUUCCAAGAGAGGCCGACUUUCUGAUAUAUACAUGUGUUAGAGAUUAUGCUCUCGCCGCCUGGAUUGACGGAUUUGAAAAGUAUGUCCUGGAUUCUGAAAAAACAGGACAACCUCCCUUGGAGAUCCAAAAACUCCUCACACGGAUAAACAAUCUAUAUUUGGUACAUUAUGGUUCAUCAGCGGAUAUACCUUGUGUGACCUCCCUUCUUACCAGAGAGGCUUACCUGAAGAUAGAGGAGCCAAGCCCAAAGUAACAGUAUGUUGUCCUUGAGAUACAGGUACCAUCAAGCAGUUUGUAUUUGUGUGUGAUUAAAUACGCAAUAAAUGAUAAAAUAUCAGUUUUAUGAUGAUAUUGUAAUGUACAUGUAGUUGUAAAAAGCUUGGAUAAAUUGAACAAACUUAUUUCACGUUAAUGAUUUGGAUUAAACUUUAUAGCACGUGUUUAUAAAAAUAGUAGAUUGUUGUUCAACAAUUUAAUUGAUAAAAAUGCGAAAUAUAAUUAUUUAGAACUUAGAUAUUGGUAAAACGCGAAGAUAAUGCUUGAUAGUAAUAUGCUUCAAUCGAUUUAUAAAAUUAUCUAAUAUAUAUCUAUAGUCAUUUGGCAUAUAUGAAUCUAGAUGUUAUCCCGCGGAAGUGCUGGGAAUAACUUUCUACACAUUAACGGGCUUUGUAUUAUUUAUACACCUUGUUUGUAUUUACUGUGUCCGAAUUUUUUUAAUUGUUUUUCAUAACCCAUUUCUUAAAUUUUGAAACCAUAGAGUGACUAGCUGGAUAUUUAGAGGAGCUGAAAGGAAUGAACAUCUAAACUGAAAUUGAUUAUAUGUGGCCUCAAUUUUUUGGCUUUCUGUUUGGUCUGUAUGCAGAUCCUGUUGCAAUUGAAAAUAUUUUCACUUUUUUCACUAUUUGAUGUAUUAAAUAACAACCCUCAAUAUAACAUUAACAUGCCUAAUAAUUAUAAUUUCAAAACGAGGAGGAAGAUGUAGUGUGUCGUAUCUCUUUUCUUCAUUUAAUCCUUUAUACCAAAUUUCGCUAUAAUUUUUUAAGACUGUGUUACAUGAGUUUUCUAUAUGUAAAUUGAGAAAUAAAGUACGAGUUUUCGUGAAUGUUGCAGAAUAACCUCCGAGGUCGAGAAAUGUUGUUUUGAAAUAUAAAAGCCGAGGCGUUAGCCGAGGCUUUUAUAUUUCAAAACAACGCCUCGGCUUUUAUAUUUCAAAACAACAUUUCUUGACCUCGGAGGUUAUCCUGCAACAUUCACGAUGACAAGAACUUGAAAUUGACAUAAUUUUCAAAACUUUUUACUGUUUGAAGUUGUACUUUCAUGGUCAGUGCGAGACAAAUAGGUAUUUCUGAUCUGAUAAUUUACUGAUGACGUUCGUGGUAUAUUGGAGAUUAAGGUCCGCGGCAUCUCUUUGAUUUCGGCAAUAGCUGUAGUAGAAUUUUAAAUAAACGCAUGUUAUAAAAACAAACUAUGAAGGAGGUAGCUGUUGACUCCGUCCGUUCGUUCUGAAGCAGUUUUAUCGUUUUGUGCGGGGACAAUUUAUUCAUAUAAGCCAGAAUGAGAUUUAAUUUAUACAUUCGAGUUGUUAACACAAUCUGUUCAUGGUUCACAACUUUAUUGAUAUUAUAUAAGAAAAAUAUAUGUAAUCUAAAAACACAAGAGCAUGCAUAUUUAUUUGUAUAUUUUAAACGAAAGAUCAGAUCAGAUGUUGUCAGAUCAAAGGUAUAUGCCCGAUACAUAAUAAACUCGUCCUUCAAUUUCCGCCAUGAUGUUAAUUUGUCAGCCUGCUUUCUUGGCCAACCCGUUCUGGAAAGUUCAAAAACUAAAAUAGUGCAUUAAAGAAACUGAUUAGCUGCUUUUAUUUUUUUUUGUAAAUUUUUCAAAUCCUAUAUUCAUGUAUACUCUUUAUAAAUUUCCGCUAACCAUUUUCACUCUUAACAUAAUUAUUCAGUAUUUUUUUUAAAGCGAGUAUAUACAUGUAUCUUGAUAAAAACUCUCACUGGCAUGGAUCCGCCAAAACGUGUCCACCACCUUACUCUCAUUUUUGCUAUUUCGAACCGGUUUAUCGAAAACGAAAGUAUUUUUUUUUUCAUUAAUUUGACAAUACAAGCUUAAUGAGGCUGUCUAACAGCCUUGUACCAUUGUAGCAUUGUAGGAGGGGGAUGAACCUAUAAGAUAUUUGGUACUCUAACAAAUCUAUUAUCAUUUAAUUCUAUUGUAACAAUUCGGUCUAUCUAAGUACAUGUAGUGUCAAUUUGCUUAGUUGAAUUUAUAUCACUAAUCAAGGUAUUUAAUCAUUUUUACUAUAGCUAUUCUAUCUUGGCUAUGAUUAAACUGUUAUUCCUCAUGUACAUAUACUUAGAUUAGAUAUAUUUAUAUAAAUCUUUACAGUAACAUAUUAAGUCUUUUGUAUUUUUCUAUAAAUUAGGUUUACAAUGUUGCUUACUAUCGAAGUAAUUGUGUCAAUAUAAUGUAAUUGAGUUUUGAUGCGUUUUCUUUUUGUAUUAACAUUUGGUGUUUUGUUGAUGAAAUAUCUAUAGUCCCUAACGACAUCGAUUUAUGACUGUUCCAUUGUUAAAAGAGUUUUAUUGAAUGAACUUUAUACUUGUGAUCUUUUUUUACUGAAGUAAUUUUAAGUGAUCAAAAAUGUUUUGUUUUUAAGAGUUUUGUAUUUUUACUGACUUCUAAAGUAUGCUCAAUCAUCACAGGAUAACCUCCUGUUAAUGUCCUAUGCAAAAAAUAUUAUAACUAGUGUGAGAAACUGGAACCUCUGAUUGCUCAAGAUGCAGCAUGAAUUACUUAGGUCAAACAAUGUGCCAUUUAUUCAGGAAUCAUCCACGAUGUUGACAACGAAAUCAAAAUAUAAUAUCAAUGCUAUUCUAAUAAAUUUCAACGUUUGUAAAAACGAGGGGAAAAUAUUAAACCUUAUCAUUUACAUUACAAUAUUUUUAUUUGCAAAUUGAUAUGUUACCAAAACAUACUUACACUCAUGGGGCAUGAUAAGAAGUCGUUAAAAAGGAACAACUGUUAUAAAAUUGUGGCUUUUAUACAUUAUAAAAAUAAACUUUUUUCUUUUUCC